CUGACCCAACAUUUCCAUUUCCAUUUGCUUCUUCUCAUUCAUUCAUAUUGGUGACAAAUCAAUUACCAACCCCCCAAAAAAGUGAUAAAUCGAUUGUUUUUUCUAAAGGAAGGAAAAAAAAAACAUGAAAGAGAGAAUGGAAAGGCUUGUUCUUCCUUUCACAACUGGUUGUUCUUCUCAGGCAAGUGUUGCAGUUGGCAAAAGUCCUCCAAGGAAACAAAAACCAGAACCGAACUGUCAAAAUCUAAUAAUUGUAGGAGAAGAGUGUUCAUCAAAGGGAAGAACAAAGAAUUCAUUUGGUCGGUUGGCUCUUUCAAAGCCCAACAUAUCGAAUGGGAUACAUAGAUUGAUUCGAAUUACUGUAAGAAGCUUCUCUCAGUUAUUUGUUUACAAAGACAUAGAGGAAGUGACAACCGAGAUGGAAAUUGGGUAUCCGACAGAUGUGAAACAUGUUACACACAUAGGAUUGGAUGGCACCACCACAACCAACAACAACCCUUUUAAGGGUUGGCAAGAUUUCAGUUCACUUGACCAUAACUUCAUUGCUUUCCCUUCUAUUUCUUUGAGGCAAUUCGAGAUGGCCAUGGCUGCCCAAUCUCAACCUGGACCACUCAUUGUUUGAAUGUAUGUUUUUUUUUAUCAUAAUCUUUUUAUUAUUUGUAUCGGAUUGGAUCAUGCCAAUCAUUGAGAUACAUUUGUGUUUGUGAAACUUUUGUGUGUAUGCACCAAUAUUUGAUA